AUGGCCUUCACUUUCGCUGCUUUUUGCUACAUGCUGUCUCUGGUCCUGUGCGCGGCGCUCAUCUUCUUCGCCAUCUGGCACAUAAUUGCCUUUGAUGAAUUAAGGACAGAUUUCAAGAGCCCCAUAGACCAGUGCAAUCCUGUUCAUGCGAGGGAACGGCUGAGGAACAUCGAACGCAUUUGCUUCCUUUUGAGAAAACUGGUGCUGCCGGAAUACUCAAUUCACAGCCUUUUCUGUAUCAUGUUCCUGUGUGCUCAGGAGUGGCUGACACUAGGGCUGAAUGUUCCUCUGCUCUUCUAUCACUUUUGGAGGUAUUUCCAUUGCCCUGCAGAUAGCUCAGAACUAGCCUAUGAUCCACCUGUGGUCAUGAAUGCAGAUACCUUAAGUUACUGUCAAAAGGAAGCCUGGUGUAAGCUGGCGUUCUAUCUCCUCUCCUUCUUCUACUACCUUUACUGCAUGAUCUACACUUUAGUGAGCUCUUAA